GCGGCUUUCGAAAGGAUGGUGAUUGUGGAGCGUGGCCAGAGUAGAGUUAGGCGUAUAAAAGGCCCGUCGACCCAGCCUAAGUCAGUCAUUCACCGCACUACCAGCCCACCACACACAAACCAAACAUGAAGGCCUUUAUUGUGCUCGCUUGUCUCGCCGUUGCAUCGGCUUACCCCGGAGGACACACCGGAUAUGGAGGUUAUGGAGGUUAUGGACAUGGUGGACAUGGCCUCAGUGGUGGUCUUGCCGCUGGAGCUGGAACCGCACACUCCCUCCAAGGUGGUGCCUCUAGCUUGGGAUCCGGUGGUCUUGGUGCCAGCUAUGCUGCUGGAGCUGCCGCUGCCGCUGGUGCCGCAGGAGUUCAACAAGUUGUCUCUGGAGGAGUUCUCGGAGGAAGGUCCGACAUCGGACCCGCAGAAGGACCCAAGGCUAAUGUUGGACCCCAAACCGGCCCAUCAGACCUCGUAGGACCCCAAGAAGGAGCCAAAUCCAUUGGAGGACCACGUACCGGACCAUCCAGUCUUGUUGGACCAGCUGCUGGACCAUCCACGCUCGUAGGACCAUCCCAAGGAACUGCCACCCUUGUUGGACCAUCCCAAGCCACCGCUAACCUCGUUGGACCCAGCUACGGAGGUGUUGCCUUCUACGCCGGUGCCGGUGGAAUCAACGGUGAUGACGGUAGCUCUGGCUCCGCCGCCGCUGCUGCUCCAGGAAACGGACUCGGUGGACUUGGACUUGGAGGUGCUGGUGCCAUCGCUGUUAUUGGAGGAGGUCCAGGAAUCGCUGGUGGAAUCGGCGGACAUGAUGCCGGAGUUGCUGUGAUCAAUGGACCAUCUGGCGCCAUCCACGCCGGACUCGGCUCCCACGGAGCUAUCAUCCCCCAUGGAAAAUGGUAGACGAAUCAACAUCUCAGCGAUCUCGGCUCGGCGACGGCGGCAAACCCACCACAGUUAUACCGGUCAAAGAACUUCAACGCGCUCAACGUCUUCUUCCCCCAAAGCUUGAUCCAUCCUCGGAGCAUGGUACGCCCCGAAGUAGUCAAUCAGUCACUCAGUGAUAGUCAGUCCGACUAUUCGGACAUCCUCUAGGAGACCACGGCCAGUGGAACGGGAGAAGGUCCAAUCGAUCCUUGCUCCGGCAGAUCCAGGAUAAAAGUGCGUCGCGAUACUUGCCGAGAUCUCCCCGGCAGUUGGAAACUCCAGGAAAUUUAGUCAAUUCCCGCUCAUCCUGAGAACGCGAGCGCCUAUCCUGGACAGCUGCCAGCAAUCGACGAUUAAAGACAUUCGACAGUUCCAUUUGUGCUCCAAUAACACAUCAUUGGUUCGACGGUGUAGCCAUAAACCAGUACGUGGACAAGCUUUGGCGCUUACACACGGAGUAGUAGAGCAACUUUGCUUGUUCUGUUUUCUGAACAUCUGACGUUGUCCUCUACUCUCUCACUCUCUUACGUUUUCCAUCUUUCGUAAGUCGCCGCUCUCACGCACAUUAUUAUAUUUUUUUUAUUCCCACCACCCCUCGAGAUGGGGCACAUGGUGCUUGCGCCAUUUGCCUCACGUUGUUAUACUCACUGCCGCACCCAAGCAUACAUAUUAUUAUCACAUACUCGUGUCCAUGCGCAUAUAUCUCUUUUUUUUAUAUAUAUAGUAUAUAUUUUCAUAUGUACUACUACUACUUCUUUCUUCUUCUUCACAGUAUGUAUAUAUAUAUACCGUACACAUCACAAAAUAUACUAUGUGUAUCAUCGUUUAUUCGUAUAUAUAUAUAAAUACAAAUACAUGUAAUCGUGUUAUGUUAGUGAAGGAGACCGGUAAAUUAUGGUAGGUCAGCCGUUCCCCUGAGUGAAUGAAUGUACAUAGAUGGCGCGCCGCCGCCGGCCCCCGACCCCGCCCGCCCUCGUCAUACCCUUUCUUUGCGAUCACGACUAGCACCCCACAGCCACCAUAGAUAGAUACCACGUAUUUAUAGCGUUUAUACAUUUAUACAAUACUUUAUAUAAAAUAAAGCAUCAGUAUUUAAAACUCAUA